AUGCUUACCUGCCCUACCUCUUGGAUACCUGGAUUAAUAAGGUUCGCAUCAGAGGCUGAAAGACGGAUAUUUGAUGACAUGUGGGCUAUUGAAAAAGCACAGUUAUUGUGCGACGUGAAAUGUUUAACAAGAAGAGAUGUGCACGAUACAAGCUGGGAACCUGGAAAUAGCCUUCUAACAUGUUACAAGCAGUUGUUUCUUAUUCAAAGUAGUUGA